ACACUAACAUUUGAGCAGCAUUUUAAUGUCACAGCUGGUUGAGGUGUAGCUAAUUUUAGUAUGUAAAAUAUUAAUCUGCAAAGUAACCAAUAUUUAAUAUAGCUUUCAGAUAAAUAUAUUAAAUAUUUGCCUGAUUAUAGUGGAGUACAAGUAUAAAAUAGCAUAACAUUGAAAUACUCAAGUAAAGCACAAAUCACUCAAAAUUAUACUUAAGUACAAUACGUCAUUAAGUGUAGGUCUAGUUAGUUUCCACUGCUAGAUUAAAGUGACACCAAACAUGGGAUAUUUUUGUGAGGGGAAAAAAUGUGAAAAGAUUUUUCUUUCCUUGAUGGAUUUCCUUCAGAUGUUCCACAGCAUUAUAACUAUUGAAUACCACAAACUGUCUAUGGUACAUAUGAACAGCUCAUGGUGGAUUACUUUCAUUACUGGGACCAAAAUAAGACAGCAGCUCAGGUCCAGCAGUGUCUGCUGAGUUGGUGGGGCACUCCUCAGCAAGAUGGCUGCAUUGCUGCGCGCAAUAGUGGCAUCCUGGUGAAAUGACGCAAGCCACAGUUUACGUUCAGUCCUCGAGGCUCUGAGCUCUCCAGUCUCCAUAGCGCAGAGAUCCCGCCCGACACACAGCCGGAAGACCGACCGGCUAUCCUUCAGUGGACCGAGCGGAACCGGUUCAUCUGAGUGAGAGUGCGAUGAGGAGAGGAUUCAGAGUGUGAGGCCAUGGGCUGCACCUCGGCCAAGCAGGUGUCGGCCGUGCCCAACGAUGAGGAGGGACGUGGCAAGGCCUACAGCAACGGAGACCUCUUCACCGAUGAAUACAAGAUGAAGGGAGUGGAGGAGGUGAAGUACAUGAGAGGGGAUGAAAACCGGGUGAAUGCACGCAACCAGGAGAACCUGGAGAAGAGUAAUGUGCAGUACAGAGGCAAACAGCAGAAAGAGGUCGCUGGAGCAAACAUCAAGUCUAAUAUUCACACGUCAGAGAGCCAGCAGGAAUUUUUCAGGAUGCUGGAUGAGAAGAUUGAGAAGGGGCGAGACUACUGUUCGGAGGGGGAGGAGGAAGAUGGGACAUAGCACAGAGGCCCCCAAGAUUCACCCCCACAGAAAGCCUCACAGUGUGUGUGUUUGUGUGUGUGUGUGUGUGUGACUAUGUACAUGUGUGUGCUUAUGUGUGCCUGAGAGUGUGAGAGAGAGUUGAAUCAGUGUUUUACCAAGGGGGCGUUGAUGUGACGGGACACUGUAUGUGUUUGUAUGAGCAUGUGUGUGUUUCUGAACGUAUGACAAAGAUAGUAUUUUAAUCAAAAGUGAAAGAGUGGGGGAUAAAUGUGAGGGAGAGAGAAUGGGAUAAAGAACACUUUCUUCAGAGACUACAGCCCUCCUCUCUUAGCGCCUCACCCCUUCAGGCCCCUGAGCAGACAGAUGGAGGUGGCGGAGCGAUGAAGGGACACACGGAUGAAAGCAGGGAGAGAUGGAGGAGGACGUGACGACGGAUGGGCACACAUCGCCAUGAAUGGGGAAAAGGACUUGCCACAGUCGGCUCGAACAGACUAAUUUCCUCAAGCAGGGCAACAGCAGCUCCUCAUGCCUCCAUCUGUCCCUCCGUCUGCACCUCCGUGAUCCGAUCCUGAAUAUUUAACCCCUGCAAUUGGGCAGAACAACUCCCAAAUAUGGAGGCCCACUAAGGACAAAUGUCUUGGUGGGUGUGUGUGGAUGACUGAGAGACACACAAGUGAAGAAGAAAGGAAGCCCGGGGAGGAAAAGAUGGUGAACGCAGAGGAGUUACGUAACACCACCAGGAUCCACACGGAACUUUUUGGCCUGCCUACCUACAGCCAGGCUACCCCUGGGCCAUGAGGGACUGAGAGAAUGGGUGAGAGCAGGUGAAGGAAUGUGGCGAAGAAGAGUGAGAAAUUUGUGAUAUUUUAAUAAGAGAGAGUAGGGAGCGAGCUGGUGAUUUAGAAACACUCCUCCGGCCUUCUGAAGUCAAGGACCUUUUUUAUUUUAUUUUUUAAUUCUUUUCCGCAGCCACUUGUUCACUUAUUUUUCCCUUUUCUGAUGUUAUUUUCUUCAGUUUGUUUUGUACUCUUGGCUUCCUUCGUAGUGUAUCAUCAUCAUCAUCAUCAUCGAUGUCAUUAUCAUUCUCAGCAGGCAGACCGAAGCUGCGUUAGUUCAGAGGAUCUGUCUCUCAACCCGAUCCAUCCUCCAUAUACCCUAAUACUGCAGAUUCCAGCUGACACACACACUCACAUACAUGGGAGUCUUUUAUUGUACAUAUGGUAACACGACCUCAUCCCAACACACCCUCAGUAUGUACAUAUAAACCACACAAACAUGCACACAUUAUUGUAUCCCUUUCAUUUCACCAGCAGAAUGUCAUUCUGCUUUGGUUCAGUGUUCACACACACACAUCCAUACUACACACUCAGUCACUGAAGCAGCAAACCGGGCUGAACUCAAGGGGAGAAUGCGUGGUUGCCAUGUAGACACAGACCUGAUCACAUUUUUUGUCAUCUUUACCGGAUACUUCCUGUUAUAUUAUUUUGAAUACUUUUUUUCUAUUAAAAAUAAAAACGAAGAAGCUCUUAA